GAUCUACGAAGGAAUCAACGUAACGACAACAGAGGACGGAGAUUUCGAAGAUCGUUUCCGGGAAGGCGCGAAAGAGAGUCGCCUCACCGGAAUGAGAGGUGAAUCUGCUCGCCCGGGUAAACGCCCCUUGAGAGCGCUUUCGGCUUCCGAAAAGAUCGACGCUAUACAGAGAGUCCACGAGGGAGAGAGCAAAGCAUCGGUUGCUCGCGACAUCGGUGUACCGGAAUCGACGUUACGCGGAUGGUGCAAAUCCGAGCAUAAGAUCAGAGGCAUGGCGAGAAAUUCUUCGACGCCGGAUAGCGAGGCCCACUCGCCCGCCUCGUCUUCCGGCGCGAACGCGACAUCCUCUAACGUGGCCAGUGGCUCGGCGAAUUUGUCGAGCGAGGACGAAGGUCCUUGUACGAAGAAGUUGAAAAUAGAUCCACAGGCAACGGUAACGAGCGCUAGCACGUCGUUCGCGAGUGACGUUUGUACCGACACGGAUGUUAAACAGGACAACAAACCGAAGAUCGAUUACGUAGGACUGAUGACCAGCAUGGCCGGCAUGAGACCGGAAAAUAGUUCGUUGCUUCUGCAACAAUUGGGACUGUUAUCAGGCACAACCGGCACGCUUGCCAAAAAUUUGUUGAGUAUGACGCCCGCUUUAUCGCACGGCAGCACCGUCGGUCUCGUCGAGAACGGGCUUCAAUACACAAAGAACACCGGAAACGCGUGCCUCGCCAACAUGAAUAAUUUGCCUAACAACAACAAGAGGCAUACUCUGUCAGCGAUCGCACCGACGCAAAUGGACUCGCUGGUCGCAAAAUCAUGUAGCACGAGAAAGAGCUUGCCACCUGCCGCGGAAGCGCCACCCACCCUGGUACCCGCCUCUCCCCGGAAAACACACGAGACCCACAGCAUUCCAAGAUCGAGCAGCAAACCGAGGAAAGACGGGCACAUGAGCAGCGGCAGUAGCAACAACAAGAAGGUGGACGAGGCGUUGUGGCUGUGGCUGACGCAGCAGCAACAGUUACUCGGUCAACAGUCGGCGAGUUUCACUCCGAGCUUCAAUCAGCACGAUGGUUCGUGGUUCUGGCAGUGGUACAAACAGUGCAGUUUCCCGUUGUUAACGUCGACGCACUCGGCGCACUCGGCGCCCACUCCGGUCGCCAAGAGAUCGCUCAACAAGACGAGGGCCGUGCUCGACAAUGUACUUUGUAGCAACAACAGUGAGAACGUGUUACGAAACAUGAACAUGGAGGAGUCCGCUGCCGCUGCCGCUACCGCCACCGCCACCGUCACCGCCACCGCUACCGUCACCGCCACCGCCUCCACAGGGUACCACGAGGCGUAUGGCGAUGACGUGCCGCACAGCUUCGAGGAAGCGGUCCGGCACGGCGAAAAGUUCUUGAAGUGGUUGAUGGACAAAUGCUCCGAACCCACGGUUACAAGACUUCAGGUCUUACAGCUCAAAUAUAUGUUGGACAGUAUGAAGGCAUAUAAAAAGAAGCCGAGGUCUAGUACGAAAAAACAAAGUAGAAAAUAGGCGAAGAGAGGAGAGACAAACUGUGAUGGUAAAUGUAUAUUCUUAAGAAAAAGUGUGUUAGCGAUCGUCACGCGAUUCACGAGGUGGAGAGAAAGGAUAGGUAGAAUCGAACAGAAACAGACACGAACAGAUAGAGAAAAUGAUUGUACGAGAGUAACUAACUGCUGCUCGUUGUUGCUCUACGAACAUUAUUAUACGCGACAUGUCAUCGUCUUUAAAUUUUCAGCGUCCCGUUGAUGAAACGGCGCGUUCAUUCUUUUCGUUCUAUUCUCUAUUUCUUGUCGUUUCGUUCGCGCCGAUUCCCGAGGAUCAGUACACCUCGUGUUUCCGAUUCGUUCGCGCGUGUGUGUAUGUGUGCAAAAAAAAAAAUGUAUGAAAAGGUAAAACCAGUGUUUGCCUUCUAUCAUGUUUGAUGGAUUUCUUGUUGCGUCAAAUUAUUUAAACGAAUCAUACACGAUCACGCGUUUUUAGAGCCCGUUCCUCAUGUUCAGCGAGUUACGUUCAUUUACAUUUUUUCCCCUUUAUUUGUUCUAUAUUUUUGACUUUUUCCUUAUUCGAUUGUUCGUUUCUCUUUUACGAGGUAUCUUACAUGAGAAUCGGGCUAAAUCAAAAUGGAUCGUAAUGAUUCUGCAACGGUUUUCUUAUUAAAAUCUUGUACAUAAGAGAAUAUACCAAAAUCACAAAUGAACCGUUGUAAUUAUAACAAAAAUUAAAAUGUUUGUAGAGAGGUGUAAUUAUCGAUUAAAUUCAUGAUACGUUAGCGUAAGUGCGUGCGUGUGCGCGCGGUGGGAAAAAUUUCCUUACGAUCAUAUACAGUUGAAAAAGCGGAAAGAGAUCGAUCAUAGAUUCUUUGUCGACCGAUGAACGAUAUUGCGUUUUCAACAUUUUUUACGAAAUGCCCGCUACAUUAUCAUGACCGAUGCGAUAGUUUUACAUGCCAUAAGUCAGAAAUCAAGAUAGCAAAUCUGCAUUAUCUGCAGUCGAGAACACGUUUUAGUUUUGCCGUUACAUUCGAAUUAUUGCGUGAAUAUAUUUAAGGGGAAAAAAGAACUAAUACACAGCUGCGUACGUGCGAUAUUUAAUUGUGGACUUCGCUUUUAUCCCAAACAGUUCUACCUCUCGUUCUGUUAACGCGUUAUUUACGUAUGGUAAAUAAUAAUAAGAUUUAAAAUAAUGUGCACGCGACUCGCACGAAACUAAAUGGUCCAAGCAAAGUAAGUGAAAAAAUUGCAUCAAAAAAAAAAAAGUAAAAAAAAAAAACGACAAAAAGGUGUUUGUUAUAUCGGUGAGAAAAUAUAUAUUAUAUAUAAAAGUACACAUAUAUAUUUAAGGACCUUGGUCGCUGAUCUUUACGAAAUAAGGUGUUUUACGAAAAUACGUUUUAUUACUUACCAUACUGAGUGCUUUGUCCAGAGGCUCGUACUCAACGUAGUCACUGACAAAUUUUCCACACCCCUGCCACGUGUACAGUUCUGGAUAUGGCAGUGUACUUCGUCUGAUAGUAGUAGACACGAAUUUCUGCAAGAGAACCGAUUUAAACUAUGAAAACAUUUCCUAUUUCCUUAUUUCGUUUUCUUACUCUACGUGUUACUUUGUUGCAGCAAGAUUAUUUCGCCCUCGCCCCAUACACACACACACACACCAAAAAAAAACAAUUUUUAUUUUUUUCUCGUGUAUUUAUUUUUGUUCCCGUUUUUCUUAUAUUUCCCAUGCGCGCCAUGUGAAGCAUUUUUAAGUUUGCUUUUUAGCUUCCCUCGUAGAUACGUUUUUAUGGAGUAAGAAAUAUCGUUCGACGAAACGAUCGUUCCUUCUAUCGUGGUCACGCAGCGCGCGAAACGUUAGAUGCGCGUUAAAGGGAAAUAAUCUUGCGGUUAGCAAAGUAUAUUUAUAAAAGUAACACACAAUAGGAAACCAAAGUAACGAAAGUACUGUUGUAUGACAGUACGUGUAAAUAAGACUGUGACAAUGCACUUAUGCGCAAAGUGCAUACUAUGUAUUGUAGUUCAUUUAAAACGUAUAUAAAUAAAUGUAUAGCGAAAUUUAUUUUUAUUAUUUAGAUUCUAGAAGGAGUUUCGAGUGUAUUAGAAAAAUUCCUACUACACAGUUGUAUUUCCAUUGCUUACGUUAAAUCAAGAACAAACGAAUA